UUUGUUGUGCAGGCCUGGCAGGAUGCUGGACUUGUCCUGUCCACGACCAGCAAUGAAGCCUGUAAACUAUUUGAUGCUGUGCUGACCCAGUAUGCAACCUGGACCAACAAUGAGAACCUUGGAGGCAUUGAGGGAUGCCUCUCCAAGUUAAAAGCAGCGGAUCCAAAUUUUACAAUGGGACACGUCAUUGCUAAUGGUUUGGAGCUGAUUGGCACUGGAAGUUCAGUGCGGCUCAACAAGGAGCUGGAUGCUGCGAUGAGGACAAUGAUGACACUUUCAAAAUCACAGCCACUGACUGAGCGGGAGAAGCUUCAUGUAGCGGCAUUGGACAUGUUUGCCAGGGGCCAGCUUCCAAAAGCUUGUGAUUUAUGGGAACAGAUUCUGCAGAGCCACCCAACUGACCUGCUAGCCCUCAAAUUUUCCCAGGACACUUAUUUCUACCUGGGAUAUCAUAUACAGAUGCGGGAUUCUGUUGCCCGGGUUUAUCCCUUCUGGACUCCGGAUACACCACUAAGCAGCUAUGUGAAGGGCUACUACUCUUUUGGACUCAUGGAAACAAAUUUUUUCGAUCGUGCUGAGGAGCUUGCCCAUGAGGCUUUGGCUCUAAAUCAGACAGAUGCAUGGUCUGUUCAUACUAUAGCUCACAUAAAUGAAAUGAAAGCAGAGGUGAAGAAAGGGUUAGAAUUUAUGAAGGAAACGGAAGCCAACUGGAAGGAAGUAGAAUUGUCUGAUGUUCUUGCAUGUCCAAAUUACUGGCACUGGGCUUUAUACUUUAUUGAAAAGGGUGAAUAUGAAGCUGCUUUGACAAUUUAUGACAAACAUAUUGCGCCCCGGUGUCUGUCAAGUGGGAGCAUGCUGGAUGUAGUGGAUAACUGCUCGAUGCUGUACAGGCUUCACCUGGAAGGUGUAAAGCUUGGAGACAGGUGGAACAAUGUUCUCAAGCUUACAAAGAAGCACACCAAAGAUCAUGUUCUCCUGUUCAAUGACGUGCACGUCUUGAUGUCCUCACUUGGAGCCAAAGACCACAAAGCUACUGAGGAGCUUUUAACAACUCUUCAGGAACUUGCCAAAGCACCUUGUGCCGACCAUGAGCUUUCCCUGGCCCCUAGUCUGGGGCUGCCUCUGUGCCAGGCUUUUGUAGAGUUUGAGAAUGGAAAUUGUGACAAAGCUGUCGACCUGCUGUACCCAAUCCGUUAUCAACUAAUCCAAAUAGGAGGCAGCAAUGCUCAGAGGGAUGUUUUCAGCCAGUUACUGAUUCAUGCUGCUUUGAAUUCUAAAUCACAAGCCAAACAAAACCUGGCAAGGUGCCUCCUGAGAGAACGCGAUGUGAUGAGACCCAAUUCUCCAAUGACAGAGCGACUUAUUAGGAAGGCAGCAGCUGUUCAUUCAGUGGCGUGAAAAGUCCUUCCUCUGUGCUUCAGCUGAAAGAGCAAUCAGUUCACCAAUCAAAGUCUGGGUGCAGGGAGCAGAGGGGUGUCAUGCUGUAAACCUAGAGAUUCACCAUAGGUCAGAGUACCCUAGGAGCCAGAGAUCUGAUGAGAGUUUCCUUA